AUGACAUCUGAAGAACCACCAGUCAUUGAUUUCAGUCCAUUUCAUGGCUCCGACAAGUCGAAGAAAUUGGCGCUUGUAGAGCAAAUUCGACAAGCCUGCGAACGCUUCGGGUUCUUUCAACUGAUCAACCAUGAUGUCCCGCUGACUCUUCAACAGCAAGUGAUCAAACAAAGCAAAGAGCUUUUUGAUCUACGUCUAGAAGUAAAGGAAAAAUACGGGAAAGACAUUGGAGGGUACAACAGAGGAUAUGAAUGUCUACGAUCCCAAAAUUUUGAGAAGCAGGGGAAAGGAGACCUGAAAGAGGGAUUCUACAUGGGGAAGAAUCUUCCGCUCAGCGAUCAAUAUGUAAUCGAUAAACGAUUCGGCCAGGGGCCCAACAAAUAUCCCGCGGAACUCCGCGACCCGAAGGAGUUCCAACGUGUGAUGGAAGAGUAUCACAAAACAAUGACUGCACUAGCAGUAAAUCUUCUCCAGGUCUUGGCAUGUACACUGAACCUGAGCACGAACUUUUUUGAUGAUUUCUGCGAACAUCCAGUAGCUGCUCUUCGGCUUUUGCACUAUCCGCCCCAAGACCCAGCAGCAACCGAGGUCGAGAAAGGAAUUGGCGCUCACACGGACUUUGGCGCCAUAACAAUGCUCCUCCAAGAUGAGACAGGUGGUCUGCAAGUUUGGAAUAACCUUUCCUCGGAGUGGGUGGACGUCACUCCGAUUGCCGGAGCUUACGUAGUGAAUCUGGGAAACAUGAUGAUGCGCUGGACAAAUGAUCGCUAUUUGUCAAACUUGCACCGGGUGAUUAACAAGGGAGGCAAUGAACGCUUUAGUGUUCCGUUCUUCUUUUCCGGGAACCCGAACUAUACAGUCAAGUGUUUGCCUAGCUGCGCAGAUCCGCGGGUAGGAGCGAAGUAUCCCCCAGUCAAGGUGCAUGACUGGAUGAGCGGACGCUUUGCGGAUACCUACGGAUCAUCGAAGAGUAUGGCAUUCGGAGACCUCCGUCAAGAUGUUGUUGCUGGAAUGGAUGCUAGUAGAGUUUAA